GAUUGUCAUUAUACAAAAGUUGAAUAAGGAGAGGAAGACCUAAAUCCCAAUCUUAACUAUAUUUGUUUUGUAGGUUUUAUCAUAAGAUCCCUAAUUAUGAUGAUUCUUGAAGAUCCUUGAAGAUUCUUAGGUUUCAAUCACGUCAAGCGGUGAUGACAAAAAAACACCAAGUGGAUGAUUCCUUCAUGCUCAAAGCUAUGCAGCAACAAUUUCAGAGGCUAGACAUCAUGUUUGGUGAAAUUAAAGACAAAAUGGAGAAGCAAGAUGCAGCCAUUGCCAAGUUAUACCAAAUACAAAAUGGAAGUCCAAAUUUGCAUAAUCACAAUCUUGAUGACAAUGAUGAAGAUGCAUUCAACAAUGAUGCCCAGAACUCAAAUUUCAGCAUGGACAGAUUUAUGAGAGGUAGAGGGGGUCAAAGAUAUAGAUUUAACAAAGGAGACCAAAAUCUGUCAAGGUGGGGAGAUCGGCAAGAUCAUGACUUAGGCAGCAUCAAGAUGAAGAUUCCUCCAUUUCAAGGCAAAAAUGAUCCAGAUGUGUAUUUGGCGUGGGAAAAGAAGGUGGAAUAUGCCGUUGAUGGAGAACUGCUUGUCAUUAGGCGAGCUUUGAAUGUGCAAGCCAAAGAAGAUGAUGAAGUACAACAUGACAAUAUAUUUCACACGAGGUGCCAUGUCAAAAACAAGAUUGUUUUCUUAGGGUAUGUUGUUUCAGCUGAUGGAAUCGCAGUAAAUGAAGAAAAGGUUAAGGCUGUUAAAGAAUGGCCGACACCUAAAAAUAUUUCUAAGGUACGGAGUUUUCAUGGUUUGGCGAGUUUCUACCGGAGAUUCAUCAAGGAUUUCAGCACAAUUGCAGCACCGUUGACUAAAAUUGUGAAAAAAAGUGUUGGAUUUAAGUGGGAAAUUGAACAAGAGAAUGCUUUCAAUUUAAUUAAGGAAAAUUUAAUUUCUGCACAGUUACUUGCUCUACCUAAUUUUACUAAAACUUUUGAAAUUGAAUGUGAUGCAUCAGGUAUUGGCAUUGGUGCUGUUUUGAUGCAAGAACGGCAAUCUAUUGCAUUUUUCAAUGAAAAAUUGACUGGUGCAACACUUAACUAUCCUACUUAUGACAAGGAGAUGUAUGCAUUGGUAAGAGCUUUAGAGACGUGGCAGCAUUAUCUUUGGCCUAAGGAGUUCGUGAUACAUACUGAUCAUGAGUCGUUGAAGCACCUGAAGGGACAGGGUAAGUUGAAUAGACGACAUGUUAAGUGGGUGGAAUUCCUUGAGACGUUUCCCUAUGUGAUCAAGUAUAAGCAAGGAAAGGAAAACAUUGUGGCUGAUGCAUUAUCUCGUAGGUACACACUUAUCUCUACCUUAAGUGCAAAGUUAUUAGGAGGUCCAGUCACGCGAGCUAGAGCUAAGAAGAUGCGUGAAGCUUUAAAUGGCCUUAUUGAGCAAAUCUGGGUUGAAAACAACAUACAACAAGCAAAUCGAAGCUUGGAUGAUUAUCAAGGCAUGAUAAACAUCAUUCAGGGGCUUGUAACCCUAAUUGGGGAGGCUAUUGAAUCUGAUUUUUUGAGAGACUUUUCUCUUUGGGUGUGGCAUCAACCAACUUUAUACCUCUGGUUCUUGUUGCGUCAUAGACAACGGGUCAAGGUUUUUACCUUUGGUUCUUGUUGCGUCAUAGACAACGGGUCAAGGUUUUUACCUUUGGUUCUUGUUGCGACAUAAACAACGGGUCAAGGUCCUGUUAUAAACCUGAUUUAGCUUUCAUGGAGUUUAGAAAUCCCUUAUUGUGCUGUGGGUCUCAUUGUUCUCUUUGGGGUUCUCAUCACAAAAGGAGAAGGAAUUACUUCUCACUAAAGUUAAAGAUUUAAA